UUUUUUUUUCGUUAUGUUUUUAAAAACAAAUGUACACAGCACAGUCCUACGGCCUGCGCAGAUGUAAUAUCAUGUAUUUGCUUGUAUGCAGUGCUGUCUACCUAACAAAAUUAUAAAUAAUGCAUGGGUGAUGGGAUAGCUUGAUAAGCAUUGAUACGUAUUUGAUACGCAUUUGAUACUCAUCGUCUCUACAUUUUGAAAAUACUCUUCAACACAAUGAAUAUUGAUUUUGUCGAAAGGCAGUCCCAAAUCGAAGGUUUGUCCGAGGAGAUCUUGGAGGCCAAACAUCAGGUAAUGGCAUAUGACAAACGAAGGAAUGUGAAUAGAGAAGCGCUCAACGCUUUCCGGAGCAGAAAAGUCAAACCGGGUAAAGUGUGGUUCAAUGUCGACGACCUUUUUAUCAAGAUGCCACAGGUGGAUGGCAAACGACUUAUAGAAAAAGAUCAAACGGUGUUAACGGACGAAAUGGCGGUGCUGCGAACGAAUAUGAAGAAUAAGACGAUGGAACUACAGAAAUUAGAAGGGUCUGAGGUAUCUUCGUUGGGAUUAGAACCCAUGACGAAGAAUGAUACAGCUGCCCCCGAAACUAAACCACAAAGGAAAAGAUAAAAAAGCCUAAGAACUGUUAUUUCAGCCUGCAUAAUAAUUAAAUUUAGAUCUUAUUCAAGAGACCGAAAACAGAUCUCUUGAUCGCAAUUGCUUUUUCUGCUGACUGUCUUACAUUUGGUGCGAAUAUGGCGUUUGAUACAAUUAUUAGCCAUGGCCCUCAAGCUAGAGAAAGUCUCG